CCGUAGGGCGGCGCUUGAUAGGGUUUUUGACAGACCGAGUGCGCGUGCGCGUUGUUUUCGAAUUCUCCGGCGCGAGGAAGGGCGGGCAGCAAAACAAAAUCCUACAGUAUUUUGGGGGGUUCUGUGCAUCCGCCAGAAGGCGGCUGGGUGCAGGCAGGAAGGCAAAGCAGAAAAUGGCUGCUGGAUUCGGGUCGCUCCUUCGCGAAUGUCCGCUUCUCCUGCCCCAGAACCAGGAAAAGAGUGUUUAUGAGGGGUUUGUCACCGCUCAGGGUAUAGACUUUCAUAUAAGGAUACUGUUGCCAGUGGAUCUUCAGUUGAAAAAUGCUAGGAUACAGUGUAGUUGGCAGCUGAAAAAGGUGCUGAGUGGAUACCAGCAGAUUCUAAAACAGAGAUUGCAGCGCUCCGUUGAUCUGGUCAGUUUUAUGGUGGAGCUGAAGACUGUUUUGGAAGCUGCCUUGAAGAACGCCCGGGAGUUUCAGUCACCAGCUCUGCCACCACUACAACAUUAUUCUGGUCUUAUCAGAGAUAUAGAAACUUUGGGUUGGAAUAAGGUUGUGUUUGUAGAUCCUAGUUUUACUACCAUCAAGCUAAAAGCAGAAGAUUCUUGUGGUCGGCAUCAUCAGAUCACCUUGAAGUUAAAUCCAAAGUUUCCCACAGAACCUCCAGAUUGUCUUGUGGACUUGCCAGUUCAGUUCAGUGUUUCAGUCGAUGCACAGAGCUCCUUAUUAAGCAUUCAUCGUCAGUUUUUGGCAGCGCUGGAAUCAUUGAAGGCGUUUUGGAAUGCUCUAGAUGAAAUUGAUGAGAAGACCUGGGUACUUGAGCCAGAAAAACCCACACGGAGCGCCACAAUGAGAAGAAUUGCAAUCGGAAACAAUGUUUCAAUUAAUGUAGAGGUGGAUCCCAGACACCCCAACAUGCCUCCUGAAUGUUUCUUUCUUGGACCAGAUCAUGUUGUAAAUCCUUUGAAAAUAAAGCUGAACAGCAACAUACAUAUGUGGGAUCCAGAAGUGAGUCUAUUGCAAAAUUUGAAAGAAGUUUUAGAAAUGGAUUUUCCAUCUCGAGAAGCUCUAGAUAAAUCUGAUUUCUCUAUGGACUGUGGGAUCUGCUAUGCUUACCGACUUGAUGGGGCUAUUCCCGACCAAGUCUGUGAUGAUUCACGCUGUGGCCAGCCAUUCCAUCAAGCUUGUUUAUAUGAGUGGUUGCGAGGACUCCCAUCUAGCCGACAAAGCUAUAAUGUCAUAUUUGGUGAAUGUCCAUAUUGCAACAAGCAAAUCACCCUGAAAAUGUCUUUGAAGAAAGCCUGAAGAGGAAGUUCAGACAACCUGUGACUGCCUCAUCCUGCACUCUAAAAAACACACACUGAGGGUGAUAUCAAAGGAAGUACAAAGAAAGUGGUAUUAGCAAUAGGAGAAUAACAAUGGCUAUAAUAUAUUGAUACAUUUCUUCAUGUAAUACAGGAGUACUGCAUGUGGAAGAGCUAGGCAAUGGUUGACAGGUUGGUGGAUAAGUAAUUCCAUUUUGUAUGGAUUUUUCUUCAAUUUCCUGGAAGGUCCUGCGCCCUAUACACAUUCCAGGUGGAGGUUCUUCUCUUUCCUAAAGAACAAAUAAGGUUUCCAUCCUUUAACACAGUUGAACAGCAAACAUUUAGAGCUGGUAUCCUGAUAUCUUAUACCAUAAAAGUUUCUGUCUGACAACUAGUGGGAGGGGGGAGCCAAACAAAUGUGGGAUUUCUAAUGAAUUAUACUUACAACAGGGAAUAUUGUUAUCUUUAAUGGUAAUAAGCAGAAUAUAUGCAAUCAAUGUUAGUGUACAUUUCCCUAGGCUAAAAUCCCUUAUGCUCAGUUCAAGAGUCUUCAGUAGUUUCAGUCUUCUGUUCUACAGUAGGAAAGAAGAAUGGAUUUAGUAGUUCUUCCCCUGCAGAACAGAUGGUCCGUGCCAAUGAAGACUAUUUGUCUGCAUUUGUACCUUUCCAUGGAGUUGGCUGCAAUGCAAGGGAAGGGAUUAGCUUCUCCCUGCUGAUCAAUUUUUAUGGCAGGGGCAAAAAUCUUCAAGGAGUGCAGGUCUCCAUUGCCCCACUCAGCUACGUAGUACUACAGUAGACCUCUUUAUAGCCUUGAUCAGCAGCUACUUCAGCUUUGGGUUUUCAAAUAUCUUUUCCUAGGUAGAGCAUAUCUACUUGCUAAUGGCCUAUAGUAGACAGAAAAGACCCAAUUGGAAACCAAUCUAGUCAGAAACAGCAAGUCAGUACAAACAAGUUAUCUUCCAGAAGUUCUUUGCACAGCCCUACAUUUUUUUUUCUGUGUUAUUGUCCAACAUUCCUAGAAGCUAGCACACAAUGACAAUAACUGCUAAAGGUAUGUAGCAUCAAUAGCAAAAAACGAUGGUUACAAUUACAGUUAUUGUAUGUGUAUAUCUGAAUGUAAAUGUAUUCUGCUAACUGCUAAACUGUAGAAACCUUUGUUACAUCUGUAUUAAACAGCAUUUUAAGCUUUCUUUGAAGUUACUUGAACUACUAUUUAAACUGAUACUCCAAAAUAAAUCCCCACAUCUUUUGUGGUUUCAUUCA